GACACGGAAGAUCUCCUUCGUCACUACUUCAAUCUGAACAUAGAUCUUGCUUCGCUGUAUCGACAGUGGUCCAAAGACGACCCCAACUUUCGAAAAAAGGCACCGCAGUUUACAGGAGUCCGAAUUCUGAACCAGGAUGCAUGGGAGGCUUUGAUAUGCUUUAUAUGCAGCAGCAACAACAACAUAUCUCGAAUAUCCCAGAUGGCCCACAAGCUCUGCAAAUACUAUGGCCCGUUGAUCGGUCAUGUAGAUGGAGAAGCCAUGCACGACUUUCCAACCCCAGAGUCUCUCACAGACAAGACGGUCGAGGCUCGUCUAAGGGAACUCGGAUUUGGCUAUCGAGCCAAGUACAUUGCAGAAACGGCGCGCAUCAUUGCACAGGAGAAGCCUUCAGCAUGGCUUGACUCAUUACGGAAUCCGGACUUCCCUGCUUUCAACGCUGUUGCAGUAUCGGACGGACCACAGUCCACCUACAAAGAUGCUCAGACUGCAUUACUCUCACUUACUGGCGUAGGCCCAAAGGUAGCCGACUGCGUGUGCUUGAUGGGCCUUGGAUGGGGAGAAUCAGUGCCGGUCGAUACGCACGUUCUACAAAUAGCCCAGAGGGACUACCGCUUUGGCAAGAAGGGCCCCAAAACCAUCAACAAGGCCAUGUAUGAUGCGAUUGGCGAUCAUUUCAGGAGCAUAUGGGGCAAAUAUGCGGGCUGGGCUCAUUCCGUCUUGUUCACAGCUGACCUACGGGAGUUUUCAGGCCGUAUGAUAGUCGAAAAGGUCGAA